GACACGGACAUGCUCCACCGGAAAUCCGGUGUCGCCUUGCCUUUGGCCUUGUCGACACUGCGGUGUCAAUGAAUGAUAUAAAAGCCGGGAUAGAACUGAGUGACAAUAUUCAUUCCCCUCUCGAUCUAACGAAUCCGCUCUCUACCACAAUGCAACGCCCCGUCGUAAACGAACUCUUGUCCACCGCGACUCAACCGCUGGUCAGGCCCUCCGCCAACGCGAAGACCAUCCUCGUCGUCGGUGCGGGCGUGAUCGGCCUCAGCACCGCUUGGGCGCUCCUCGAUCGCGGCUUCAAAGUCAAGAUCGCAGCUCUUGACUUUCCUUCACACGACGGCAAGCGCAUCACGUCCCUUAUCUCGGGCGCUCUGUGGGAGUACCCGCCCGCGGUGUGCGGCCACCACGGCGGGGGGAGCGCCAACUCGGACGACGCGCGCCGCUCGAUGAUCAGCUACCACUUCUUCCACAAUCUGUCGCAGGACGCCGUGAAUGCGAAGCAGUUCGGGGUCAAAAUGCGCCGCACUGUGUUCUUCUUCAAGACGCCCGUGCUCUCCGACCCCGCGCAGGUCGAGAAGCGCGCAAACAUCCGCGUAUCGGGCGUGAUCGGCUUCGACCAUCCUCUCGCCGACGAAACGGGGCGCAAUGAGCUCCUACGCGAGUUCGACGUUCCGAUGGAGUAUGUCGAUGCAUAUACGCUGUCAUCGCCCGUCAUCGACACCGAUUCCGCGCUGAUGUCGAUGCUCAAGCUUGUCCGCAUCAAGGGCGCCGAGAUCAUCCAUCUCGACCAGCCCAUCUCGUUCUUGCCGCUCGUCGAUGGCAAGCCGAUGGAGCUUGACCCGUCGCAGGACGGGAAGGCGUUCGCGGAUGGCAAAGAUCUUUGCGUGCAGUACAAUGUCGACGCCGUGGUCAAUGCGACAGGUCUGGGGUCGAAGGACUCUGUCGGGGACAAGGAGGUGUAUGGGCUCCAGGGGGCCGUCAUCCGACUUGAGAAUGACUGGAAAAAGUUCCACCAGCUGCAAGAAGCGCUCGUCGUCAGUGCCACCGAGUCCGACCCGUUCAAAGAGACCAAAUUCAUCUUCAUCGUCCCUCGCAACGACAAUACAGCGAUCCUCGGCGGCUUCACGAAACCACUACUCAAGGACGAAAAGGAAGAGUACUACGAGGUCGAGCACGAGGAGAUCAUCAACCUCCGCGAGCGCUGCAACCACUUCAUGCGCGGGGCGCACGACCUGAACGGGAUCCACAAUGGGGAGAUGAACUCGGGGUAUCCGCUCGCGCAGGGCACGCGCCCUGGACGCGCCGAGGUGUGCCUCGAGCGCAACGGGCGUCUGGUCCACAACUUUGGGUGCGCCGAUUCUCUCUGCUCUCUCUCUCCCUCUCGUUGGUGUGUUCGUACUGAUGGACACGAACCAGACAUGCGGGGAGCGGCUGGAGUCUGUCGAUCGGGUGUGCACUGGAGGCAGUCGGCCACGUCCAGGAUGCGUGUGGGAUGUAGAAUCAGUAUCUGUGCACAGCGAGCUGUGCCAUCGGUGAAAGAGCAAAACCCGGUUGAGGCCUCGACCACGUUUCUUCAAGUGUCUCAUUAG